AUGCUGGCCAGUAGGGAUCCAACAGGAGACAGAGGUUUUGGCAUUGGAAUAAUUGCGAGGUUCCAUAUUGCUACUGUGGUGUGCAACUGCAAUGUUGUACCUGUUACGAAUACUAGGAAAAAAUCCCUUCCAACCUCUAACAUUUCUAAUCUACAUAUUAAUACCCUACAACGGAUGUCGCUUGCCGUUGGGUUGGUUGAGCCCUGCGACUACUACUAUUAUUGGAUACAACAACAGAAGGAACCUAUGCCCACAUUAUUGGGUCAUCCCGAGAACAGCCUAUACAGUCUGAUCUCGAUUCCACAGGCCGCAGGUGUCCACUUUCACUCCGACACCGUACCUCAAGACGUACUGUCGCGCUGCAAUCGAGAGUGCUUACGAUCGCGAUAUUUUCCAAAUUCCAUCGUUUCGUCAAAAAAACCAACAACACACAACACACAACACACAACACACAACAAUAUGCGGUCUACACUACUUAGCUUGACCACCAUCAUCGCUCACGUUUCGGCAACGUUGACUGGAGAGGCAUGUACAUGCGCUGGCAUCAAGAAAUGCCAGAAUCAGAAAGCUUGGGGAUGUGUACAGAUCGAUGGUCCCCUCGAAGGUCCCAACUGCGUGGAUCAGACUACCGUCUGCGAAGGCUCAAGCAUAAGUGAGUAA